AAUAGGGCGCGAGGCAAUCUCACCUUAUCCACACUCCCACCACAAUCCCCUCUUCCCUCCCAUCUCCUCCUCCUACGCUCACCCGCCGCACCGACUCGGGCACACACCCUUAAAGCCACCGCCGCUUCCAUCUCCUACGGUAGUUGCAUCCCGACGAGCAGAGAUGGCAGCCAUCAACUCCAGCGUGCUGGCGUGCAACUAUGCGCUCUCCGGCGCGUCUGAUUCGAGCUCGAAGCUCAUCUUCGCGCCGUCUUCGCGAGCGCAGGCUUCGGCUUCAUCCCCCAAGAUGCCGGUGAUCAGAGCCCAGCAUGCUCGUGCAGGCGAACGAGAGGAAGCGACGAGGGAGGGAAGGAGAGCUGCACUUGUUGGCCUCGCUGCUGCCCUCUUCGCUACGGCGGCUGCCACCUCACCGGCCGAUGCUGGCAUCAUCGAGGAGUACCUCGAGAAGAGCAAAGCUAAUAAGGAGCUCAAUGACAAGAAGAGGUUGGCUACUAGCGGUGCAAAUUUUGCACGCGCAUACACAGUGGAGUUCGGCACAUGCAAGUUCCCUGAGAACUUCACUGGUUGCCAAGACUUGGCAAAGCAAAAGAAAGUGCCCUUUCUCAGUGAUGAUCUGGAGAUCGAGUGUGAAGGCAAGGACAAGUUCAAGUGUGGAUCCAAUGUCUUCUGGAAAUGGUCAAAAUAGAAGAAAAAGUGCAUGUAAUCCUCGCUCUAUGUACCUUAAUGACUCUCUGAACAAUUUAUUUUUAUUGUAUCUCAUCAAUCUCUGUCCGUUCUCUC